AAUGACGCCAGCAAGGUGACUUCUAAGGGGGCAGGGCUCUCGAAGACCUUUGUGGGCCAGAAGAGUUCCUUCCUGGUAGACUGCAGCAAAGCCGGCUCCAACAUGCUGCUGAUCGGGGUCCAUGGGCCCACCACCGCCUGCGAGGAGGUCUCCAUGAAGCAUGUAGGCAACCAGCAAUACAACGUCACAUACGUCGUCAAGGAGAGGGGCGAUUACGUGCUGGCUGUGAAGUGGGGGGAGGAACACAUCCCUGGCAGCCCUUUUCAUGUCACAGUGCCUUAAAACAGUUUUCUCAAAAAAAAAAAAAGUAGCU